GCAGAUGCGGCUGGGUAAGAGGGGGUUCUCUGUAAGGGCAAAGGAAAGUUCACGCACCGAGAAUCCAGCUUGAACACCGCAACAAAAAAGCGCCCUUAAAUUUCGCGGGGUUUAUUUAUUUAUUUGUUUUUGUUUUCUUUCCCUCGGAAAAAAAAUGACCACGGCUGUGGUGCCGCCUCUGUUUGACUUCAGCGAAGUUAUCAACAACAAGAACAACAAAAUGCUGAAUUAUAACAACAACAUUCUUGGUGCUCCACACACCAUGCCCGUGCCUUGCACUGGUGCGAAUCUGACCAUCUCCAACCCCACUGGGAGCCUGCUGGACAGGAAGGCUGUGGGGACGCCCACCAUUGGUGGGGUUUACCAACGACGGCACUCAGUCACUUUGCCCAGCAGCAAGCUCAACCAGAAUCAGUUCCUGAGCAAUGGGAAAACAGAUCCAGCACUGGUAGGCCCUGGAAUGAGCAGCAGCAACAAAGAGAACCGACUCCGCGAUCGUUCUUUCUCAGAGACUGGAGACCGGCUGAUGCAGAAGUGCACCGGAUCUGGUGGCACUGGAAGCAGUCAGGUGAACUCAAGCCGCUACAAAACGGAGCUGUGCAGGCCAUUUGAGGAGAAUGGUGCAUGCAAGUAUGGCGACAAGUGCCAGUUUGCCCAUGGCAUCCAUGAGCUCCGCAGCCUUAGCCGCCAUCCUAAGUACAAGACAGAACUCUGCCGCACCUUCCACACCAUUGGCUUCUGCCCAUAUGGGCCACGCUGCCACUUUAUCCACAACGCAGAAGAGCGCCGUGGACCUCCAGGUCCCCCAUCCCCACUUUCGACAUCCAACAAGCUGGAUAGGCCACGACUCCAGCACAGCUACAGUUUUGCAGGGUUUCCCAGUUCUGGAGGCCUAAGAGACAGUCCAACCUCUGUCACACCUCCACCCAUGUUCUCCCCAGACGAGCUGCCUGAGUGGCCCAGCAGCAAUCCCUUCACUUACUCCAGCCAGGAGCUGGCCAAUCUUUUUGGCCCCAGUUUGGGCAGUGGAUCUGGUGCUGAUCCUAAUAUUCAUGCGCCAUCCUCUCCAACCAACACCCCUUAUUCCUUUAGGCCCAUGUCAGAGUCUCCCCACUUAUUUGAGUCUCCGUCCAGCCAGCCAGACUCCCUCUCUGACCAGGAGGGCUACCAGAGCAGUUCAGGAGGCAGCCUGAGUGGCUCUGAAUCACCCACCCUUGAUACCACCCGCCGACUGCCCAUCUUCAGCAGGCUGUCCAUUUCGGAUGAUUAAGGUGUAUAAGCUGCAGAUCCUCUAUUGGAACUCAGCAGUGGGCAGAGAGGCUGAGUGGUGAAGUUGCCCUCUAUCUCCUGCUUACUCUCACCUUCUAGAGGCAGUAAAUGUCCCGUGUAUUACUUAGGCUUUGAAAAGAUGCAGUCAAUUAAGGGAACUUUUAUUUGAAUCUUUAUUUAACCACAACAAGCAAAACCUUUCCCCAUUCCCUUCGGUCCAAAGCCUGUUUGCUGCCUUGGCCUUAUCUCGGAUGCCUUGCCAUGACGUGUGACUGUGCCAAAACAGCUAGAGCAGGAAGUGGAUUGGUGAAAAGUAAAAGACUGUUGUACCAGGUACUACUGCCACAGUAGUGCAUCGGUGAGCCACAGGUGGCACAUUCAGGGAAAAGUUCUGUCUUGAGGACCCUCCCCCCCCUGCAUAGUACCACUCAAGGACAUUUCUAACUAUCUAAAUGGGUUUGCUAGAGUCAUGCUUUAAUCAUUCACAGCUAUCUGAUGCAGACUAAUAUCAAGAAGAAAUAAGUGCUUGGGGUAUAAGCGUUGAGGUGGAAGGACUACUGUCACUUUUCAUUAAUUUCCUGCAACCUAGUAUAGAAGCUCUUGCUCUGAGAAUUCUUCUACCCCUUAGUUAGAUGGCAGACUGUCUGGGGGAUGAACUUGAGAUUGAAACUGGGAGUUAGUAUUUGGCACAUUCUGUUUUUAUCAUGUGCUCCAGCUUGAUCUUAAAACUAGCACAAAACCAUAUGAUUGGAUGCCUUCACUUGCUUCUUCACUGCCCCACCACUACGGUCUCUCCCCUCUCCCCCCAUUGUGGCUGGUCACUUGGUGUUUCUUGUGAAGGAAUGACCCAACUGGUGAUUAUCUCUUAAACACUGACUUUUUACUUACCUUCCAAUCAGUGAAGGGAAAUUCCAGCAUUCCCAAGGUGCAGCUGAACUUCCUUCAAAUUCACUUGCAUAUUAAAGCUAACUUGCUUUUUCGUAAAAUCCGCUCAUAGGAGCACUUGGUAAUUUCAUCAUAUCUUUCCAUCUUUUAUUUUCCCUUCCCCUAUUUGACUUCUUGUCAUUAUUAUGGUUAUUAUUGUUUGGAAAAGAAAACUUUCAAGACAGAAGGUUUUGCUUGUCACUGCUUAUUUAACUUAUCAAACAUAUUUAUUGGUGAUCAUAUGCAUUUUUUGUUAAUUUUGUUUGUAUUUAUCUUAAUGAAACGAUAGAAUAUAUUUUCUUUUAUGUUAAAUUAUGAUCUUCUGUAUUAAUCUUAAGAUUGUGAAGACUUGUCAACUUUUUUCUUUUUUCACAGUUUAAUAUAUUGUACUACAAUGACUUGUUUGCAACUACACUUUGAUAAAAAUGAAAACUUAAUUUAAAGCAAAAACAAACAAAAAAAAUCCUGUGUUUUGAUUAUUUAUUGUAGAUUUUUCCAUUCAUAUUCCCAAAUAUUGGACUGCAAAACCAUUAGGUCUAAUGUUUCGUUGAUUUAUACUCACGAGUGUGACAUCAGGGCACUCAUCUUAUUUUUGUAGUCAGUUGUUGUUUUUUUGCCUUUUAAUAUAUUUUUUUGCACCCCCCCCCCCCUCCUCUUUUUUUCAUUGUUGUUUAAAUUAAGGCAAGUUUAGUCCUUGCAUGUAGCAUUUUCUCCUUAGUGCCAGAGGUGGUAAUACUGAACUGUAUAUAAUGAGCACUAGAUAUCCUGGAACAUGGUUGGCAGAACAUUGUUACCAGAGAUAGUAGCGAGUUGGGUUCAAGAUAAUUCGCCUUUAAGCUUCUGCUUAGGUUCUUGGUACCACCCUGAAGUGCAUUUUAAUGUUGCGUUGUGUUCAGUUAAACUGAUUGUGAUGUGAUAUCAAUGCAGGUUACAAAACUUCAGUGUUAAAAGCAGUUCCUCCAGUUACAUGUGUUAAUUAGAUGAAUUGCAGGCAAUAACUGUGACCAAAUGGGUUGGAGAACAAGUGUCCCUUUUUUGUUUAAUGAUUGGAUAUAUUUUAAUAUUUCUUCCAACCCAAAUGUAAAGUGCCUCUUUUUAUACAUUCCAUUGGGCUCCUUGCCUUGAAUAAUGAUGCAGAAGCUACGUUUGAGUAGUUACUCCUCAGUUUUUGAAGAUUGGUUAACAGGAUAGACACAAAGAAAGUAUCUACCCUAAACUGUUGAAUGUAUUUUAAACAGCGUUCGCUGUUCACUACAGUAAUUUCUGUGAGUUUAUAUCAAGUUGAUUGCUUUUUUUUUUUAAUGACUGAUUGCAGUUACAAACAAUAAACCCCAUAUUUUUCAGAAAA